UUAAAAGGUUGCUAAUUUUCCUUACAAUUCUAUAAUGAUUAAAUUUAUUGCAGAAAAUGGAAAUAGGAAAUAAGGUUUACCUAAAUAACAUUGACCAGAUAGAUGAAAAAUCGCAUAUCAAGGUUCGGGUGCUUAAAAUUUGGAACUUUGUCAGAAAUAAUAAAGUUUGUUCCAUUGAAAUGAUCAUCAUGGAUGAGGAGGGUACACAAUACCAAGCUCGUGUCUUCAAUCAGAAUUUCUCCAGAUUUCGUCAUCUUUUAAAGGAAGAUGAAAGUUAUAUAGUUAUAAAACCCAAUAUGGCUGCUGUUACUAAUGGUUUUAGUUAUACAGGUCUUGGUGAAGCUAAAAGUCAUUUUGAAGUAACGAAAUUGUUCAUAAAUUCUGACAUUUAUGAAAUAAAUGAGUUUAAAAAUAAGUUGAAAUGUCAUGACAAUUUCGGUAUAACUGAAAAAAGCAUAACUACACUUCAAAGCUACUCUUCUUCAUAUACAGAUGACUUUAAGGGCAAUUUUCCAUUAAAAACAAUCUGUGAGAUCACCGAACCAAUUAAGGAAAUGAAGUUUUUAUUAGUUGCUUCCAUUGUUAAUAUAAGGCAGAAUCUACCAUGGUAUAUAAUUCCAAUUAACGUACAAGAUUGUACUGGAACCAUUGGAUUGACUCUUUUUGAUAGGGAAGCAAGGAGGUUGUUAAAUAUAAGUGCCUACGAGUUGAAAAAGAUACAUGAUGCGGCCGGAGACAGUGAUGCCCUAUUUCCAAUGCAACUUAAUGUGUUGAAAAACCGCAAGUUUGGUUUUGUUGUAGAUAUUACAGAAUACAAUGUCAACAACUAUAAUAACAUCUACACAGUUCUCAGAGUUACAGAAGAUAUGUCGAUUGUUUGUGAAUUGGAAAGUAAAAUAGAACUUAUGAGUAAUCAAUCUGUCUCCUUAAAUCAAGUUGCUUUGGAAUCCGAUGAUGUUGUACAGCCUGUUCAAAAGGAUGUGAUCUCACAAACAGACGAAAGUUUUACACCCUCAACAGUUGAUAAGUCAACCGCAACAAGUCCUUGCAAAAUAUCAGGUGAUUUGAAGCGCAACCUCCAAGAAAUUUAUGAUGUUGAUUCUGGAUAUGAUUUAAGUUCAACUAAGGCUAAAAGAAAGUCAACCGCAGAGGAAACUCCACUCUUGAUUCCAAAAAUUGAAAAGUGA